AUGAUGUUCCCAACUCCAGCUCAACUUUUUCAUCUGCUCAUGGGGCUGUUGAUGGCGGCUGCUGUCCUUGCUGAGACUGGCGUUACCACCCGAUACUGGGACUGCUGCAAGCCGUCGUGUGCCUGGCCCGGCAAGGCGCAGGUUUCGGAACCCGUGCGAACCUGCAACAAGAACGACAAAUGGCCCAUCCCGCUCAGCCCCAACGCGCAGUCGGCUUGCAAUGGCGGCGACGCGUACACGUGUAGCAACAAUGGCCCGUGGGCUGUCAACAACAACCUGGCGUACGGCUUUGCGGCAGCCAAACUCGCUGGAAAGUCUGAGCGGGACUGGUGCUGUGCCUGCUACAAGCUUACCUUUACGUCAACGUCUAUUGCCGGCAAGCAGAUGAUUGUCCAGGUGACCAAUACCGGCGGCGACUUGGGGGCCAACCACUUCGACAUCGCCAUCCCCGGAGGCGGCGUGGGCAUGUUCCCCCAGGGAUGCCAAGCGCAGUUCAACGGUGCCUGGAUGGGCGACACGUACGGCGGUUACCGGAACAGGAACGACUGUAACAACCUUCCCGCGGGCCAGUUUCGCGACGGCUGCUUCUUCCGUUUCGACUGGUUCCAAAACGCCCAGAACCCAACCGUCGAGUUCCAAGAGGUGUCUUGCCCGCAAGCCAUGAUUGACAGGUCGCAGUGUGGUCGCUGGAGCUCCGCGGUGCUAGUCGACCAGAGCCAAGAGAGGGUUUACCAACAGCCCGGAGAAGAACUGUAG